CUGUCAUGUCUUUGUUGCACCUCUAGAAGACUAGAAGCCUCGCACAGAUGGAAAAAUAACAAGAUAUAUAUAUAAAAGAGGCACAUUUAAACCUGAACCACAACAGAUUGGCUUAUUUAAUAAAGUCAAACCACCCCCAAAAGAUGGAAGAAAAGCUGAAUGGAUCACUGCCUGUUGUCUCCCCGGAGUAUCUUCACCAGUGGGUUCAGUCUGCGCAGCAGUUCCACGCUCUCCAGGCACAAUAUUCAGGCUACAACUCCAACCAUCAGUAUCAAUACCCAGAGGUGCAGACAGAAGAGACAGCCAUGGCACACAUGGCUAACCCAGAUGCUAUGAUGGAUCAGCAGGACCCUGCUAACAUGACAAAGGCUCCAGCUAAAAAGAGGGGCAGACCAGCUCAACCCAAGGAACCCAAGCCGCCCAAACCACCAAAGGUACCUAAGGCCCCUAAGGCUCCUAAAGCCCCAAAGGCACCGAAGGCACCAAAGCCGCCAAAGGACCCAAAUGCACCUAAAGCCAAACCUGGUCCAAAACCCAAGAAGAACGCUGAAGCUCAGGCAGAUGGCAAGCAGGAAAAGAUUGAUGAGAGCUUCAAAAAGGUGAAGCGGAAAGUUGACCGCUUUAAGGGAAUGUCAGAAGAGGAAGUCAUGAAAAAAACCCUACCAGAUCUGCUUGAUUACAACCUUGAUUAUGUCAUUAUUGGUAUCAAUCCAGGUCUGAUGGCAGCUUUCAUUGGACGAUGGUUCCCGGGACCUGGAAAUCAUUUUUGGAAGUGUCUCUUUCUGUCUGGAUUUACUGAGGAGCAGCUCAACCACAUGCAUGACGUCACCUUACCAACCAAAUACAAAAUGGGCUUCACCAACAUGGUUGAAAGGGCGACACCAGGGAGUAAAGACCUCUCAAGUAAGGAGUUGCGUGAAGGAGGCAAAAUUCUCACAGAGAAGUUGAAGAAGUACAAGCCACUUAUUGCAGUUUUUAAUGGAAAAUGCAUCUAUGAAAUGUUCUGCAGAGAGAUGUUUGGUAAAAAACCAACAAAACUUGAAUUUGGUUUACAACCUCACAAGAUCCCAGACUGUGACGUGGCUCUGUAUCUGAUGCCUUCUUCCAGUGCUCGCUGUGCUCAGUUCCCUCGUGCUCAGGACAAAGUUCACUACUACAUCAAACUGAGGGAGCUCAGAGAUCAACUCAAGGGUGUGCAGCCCAAAACUGCAGAGAUCCAGGAGGUUAACUACACAUUUGACCUGAGUUUGGCCAAAGAGGACGCUAAGAGGAUGGCGAUAAAGGAGGAGAAUUACGAUCCAGGUUAUGAAGAUGCCUAUGGAGGAGCAUAUGCAGAGAGAGGACCCGAGGAAGGCCAGGCAAAGAGCCAGACCAAUGGCCACUGCACAUUCUCAUCUUUAGAAAACACAGAAGGAGCACCAGAGGCGUCCACAUCACAGACGGCAGAAGGCCAGCUUCCAGACGGACAGUGGAUGACUCAGUCCUUUGCCGAUCAGAUCCCGGACAUCAGUGGUGCACCAAAGGAUGGUAGCAUAUGAGAAAGUUCGUCUGUGUCCGUGUUCGCCGAUGAGCAGACUCUUCCACCAUUUCAGUCACCUUUCACCUUUUGUGUCAGGUCUUAGAAUAUUUUCAUUAGUAGUGUCAGGGUGGAAUAUAUAAAUACUAUAUAUAUGGACUUUUUUUUUUUUUUAGACAUGCUGCAGAAGAUUUUUUUUCUGCAUUUUGUUUGUGAUCUUGUAUACACGUAUGAUCUUCUCCAUGGUAGUUUUUUUAAAUAUGUGAAAUCAGGGACUUGAUAAUGAUGCUUGACUCUCAUUGGAGAAGGCUGUGUAUUUAAACAUUUUUCCUCUGUACUGUACUGCACUGUGAUGCAGCUGUAAACAUUCACGUCUACUGUCGGAGCAGUAGAUCAAACUCGAGAUGUUUAUUUUAUACGCUUGCUUGACUCAUCAGUGUGAGCCUAUAUGAUCCUCCGUGUGAAAUGAGGACUUAGCAGGCAUGACUAUUUUUACAUUCAUGGUGCUAUGGACUGACCACAAUGGAAUGUGAGCACUCAGUGAAAACCAGACUCAUCGGACAAGUUUGAGGCUCCACAGAGGGAACCUGUGGCCACAGGCUUGUUGAUGUAAUGUUACAAAUUUCAACAGGUUUUAUUUUAACCUUUAUCACUCUCGGCUUUAGGAUUUUUAGAAUUAUGUAUUGUACGUUUUAAUGGAAAUGUCAUGCACAAGGAAUUUUAUGAAACACUUGUCCAUUAAAAUGUCCUGAUGAUGCUUCUUCUAUAA